AUGAAACGAAUAAUAAGUGUAUUGCACACAGAGGUGAGCGAGUGCGUGCCACUGUUUUACGUGUACUACUCAGCAGGAAAGCGAACGAGCGCGCGCACGCUUUGGUCAAACCUACGCACGCACGCGCGGCUUCACGCUGUGUGCGUGGCGCACGCUCACCUCGUCGCGCCAGCGCUCUGCGCCGCACUCGUCACCGCUUUCAGGGACGGGGUUGACUACAGAAUUGUGAAGGGUGUGAUGCUGUGGUCGCGCGGCGGCGGGUGCGCGUGGCUGUCGCUCGCGCUAAGCGCGCACGCGGCCGCGCCGAGCGUCGCCGCGUUCGUGUACCUCGCCGCUUUGCUCGUCGCACCCCUCGCCACCGCGCUCAUCUGUGGUCAGGCGGCGAUGCCACCGCUGUGGAGCGUGCUGCACACCCUGACUACGACGGCGGCGCCCUUCGUGGCUGGUGUGAUCCGUGGGGCCGUGUGUCGGGGCGCCGAUACGAUCCCGGCGGCACCUGCCUCUGCGCUUCGUCUGUGCGCCCUGGCACUGCUGUACGCGGAGUGCUGCGAGCGUCUGAGUGACUCUGAAGGAAUACUGCACGUGUCCGACGUGCUCAUUACACUUACUCUGGAGCUGUGUGCUGUGGGGGCGGUGGCGGCAACGAGCACGCUGUACCCGCGCUGCGGCUUACUGGCUCCGGGCGCCGCGCGCCUCGUCACGCUGUGCGCACUGCCCCGCGCGCUUGACACACGCUGGGAGCCGGGUGAGGGCUGCGCGACGGCAGGGCUGGCGCGCUUGCCAGCCGUGUUCCUGGCGCCCGCGCAAGCGCUGCUGCUGGCUGCGUUGGUGCCCCACGACCAGCCCUCCGUCUGA